CGACCCCGCAAAGUUUAGCUGCAACGCUAUCGAAUUGAUGGGGUGAAUGACACCCGAGUUUUCGGAUGCUAACCAGGUGCACUCUAGGUUGGCAGACAAUAUAGGCAAAAGCAAGUCUCUCACUCCCGGUUUUUUAUCACAUCACAAACACAUAUAUAAGACAACCAACCAUGCAAGGUGACUUGCUCUUAUCUCCAGUAUCUCGUUCAUUAACACCAACAUUUCCUUUGGAUUGAUCCUUCGCCAUGAACUUUCUUCGAAAUCGUCUUCCGGCCCCAAAGCAGGACUUGCUCGCCAAGCAAGCCCGCCAGCAGGGUACCACCGAUGCAGCCUACAAGCCUUCGCGCAUAUCUGAGCUCUCAAACGAGUCUCCAAGCUGGUACAAGUCGGCUGCGCGGAGACAUCUUUACUUCCUGCUCUUCCCAGCAUGUGUUGUGUCAUAUGCAACCUCUGGAUAUGAUGGAAGUAUGAUGAACUCUCUGCAGACUGUCUCCUACUGGGAUGACUUCUUUGACAACCCACGCGGAUCUCAGCUUGGACUCAUGAGCGCUAUCAUGUCGCUUGGCAGCAUCUGUUCCACGCCCAUUGCGCCUUUUGUUGCUGAUAAAUAUGGCAGACGGUGGGGUAUCACUACAGGAAGCAUCAUCAUGAUUGCUGGUGCUAUUCUUCAGUGCGAGAGUACCAACUUUGCCAUGUUUGUUAUCAGCCGUUUCAUUCUGGGUUUUGGACUGUCUUUUGCUACGACUGCGUCUCCUAGCAUGGUUAGUGAGCUGUCUCACCCCAAGGAUCGAGUCACCAUUACAGCUAUCUGCAACACUUGUUGGUUCCUGGGCUCUAUUGCAGCUGCUUGGAUCACCUAUGGCACUAGAGUAAUUCCCAGCACAUGGUCAUGGAGAAUCCCCUCCCUGCUUCAGAUGGCACCCAGUCUCAUCCAGCUAUCGACUGUCUGGUUCCUCCCCGAAUCCCCACGAUGGCUCAUCUCGAACGAUCGCAGUGAAGAGGCCCUCGAAGCUCUUACGAGGUACCAUGGAGAAGGUGUCAAGACUGAACUAGUAGAGCUGGAAUACGAAGAGAUUCGAGCCGCAAUUGAGCAAGAGAAGUUAUCUGGUCAAACUACUUGGAAGUCUAUGGUCAGCACCAAGGGUAACCGCUACAGGAUGUUCCUCGUCAUCUGCAUGGGUCUAAUGUCUCAAUGGUCUGGAAAUGGAUUGAUCUCUUACUAUCUCUCUCGAGUCAUGGACACUGUCGGCAUCACGAACAAGAAGACACAAGCCCUGGUCAACGGUCUUAUCAACAUUUGGAACUGGGCCCUCGCUCUCACCAGCGCCUGCUUCGUCGAUCGCGUUGGUCGCCGCCCUCUCUUCCGAAUCUCUACAGUUGGCAUGUUGCUUGUCUUUACAGGAUGGACCAUCGCAUCGGAACGCUUUGCCGCCACGGAGGCCAAGUCUGCCGGUGUUGCGGUGAUGGCUCUAAUCUUCGUCUAUGAGAUCUUCUACUGCAUGGCUUUCUCACCUCUCCCAGUGGCAUACUCAGUUGAGGUUCUCCCGUACUCAAUCCGGGCGAAGGGAAUGGGUGUAUAUGUUCUUGCGACGAAAUGUGCUGUUUUCGUCAACCAGUAUGUCAACCCUGUUGGGUUGGACAGCAUUGGGUGGCGUUACUACCUCGUCUACGUUGCUGUCCUCAUUGUCGAGAGUUUCAUCGCCUACGGUUGGUUCCUCGAAACUAAGGGUAAAGCCUUGGAGGAGAUUGCUGUCAUCUUUGAUGGAGAGGCUGCAGACGUAACUGUGGACGAGCCUGUCAAGUCCAAAGUUUUCAGCACUGACGUACCAACGACUCUUGAGCAGGAGAAUGUCGACCGCAAAGUCUAG